GUUUCACAAUACAAAAUCACGAAACUCGAUUUUCUUUUCGUAAUAAAACGAAAAAUACACAGAAAUGCGAAGAGAAUUUAUACUACUUUUGUUAGGUAUAAUAUGUGUUUCAACUUUAUCGUCUAUGUUAUCCGGAUAUGUGCAAAUUGAGGCUGAUAAAGUGCUAUUAGACACGGUGGUCGGUGCGGUGGGAGCAGGAAACUUUUCUUAUUGGCAAUUAGGGCAUACCGGGCCUUUAUUAGUGGAACUAACGUCUUUAGCGGGUGAUGCGGACCUGUAUGUGUCUGAUACAAUCAGGCCAAGCUAUGAGGUUGAUAAGAACAACUUCAGCUCUGCUACAUGUGGUCCGGACCUUGUCAACAUUCCUUCAGACUUUCCCAGACCUAUAGGUAUUGGAGUCUUCGGGCACUGGUCGCACCACCUGUCGGAGUACAGUAUCCAGGUGUUCCUGGACGCUUCAGCCAUUAUGGACUCCUCGUUGCUACUGACUGGUGACCGCCAGUCUGGGACAGAUCGACCUGAACUCUCAUUUUCAGAACUGGAAAAGAGAAGCAGAGAGAAGCCAUCGCGGAAGUCAGAAGAGGAGAAACCGCGGUUCAUCAAGUUGUUGAGCAUUUUGGACAUGAUAUUCGAGAUGUUUGUGUUAUAAUUUUUGUGUAUAGCUUUGAUUUAGAGGGAUUAUUAUUUAGUAUUCGUAUUACUCAGUCGGUGCCUGAGGAGGUAUGUAUUAUUAUUCUGUCUAAGGCGAUUAUCACACUGCGCCGCGCUCCGCUGCGGUACGCGGGACGACAGAUUUAAUCAUUGUAUGCAAGUACCUCAGUUUGUAUAGAAAACACGCGCGGCACAACACACUGACAACGCGUCUGCGCGCGGGAUUUUUUAUAUGAAAUUACGCGAACCGCGGCGGAGCGCGGCGCAGUGUGAUAACAGCCUAAUAGCGGCAUUUGUGUUUUUGAAACGUCAAACGUCUUCUUCUUUUAUUUUGGCCACGACUUGGUUUUGAGAACCAUGAUUUCGCCAAUGUCACGUAAACAGCUUUGACAGAGAAUAACAGGGUUUACAAAUAAAAAAAAAAAUUUACAUUUCUAAAGCAAAAUUAUAGUUCCAAAAUACUGAACUGUCCUAUGCAUGACAUUGACAGCGGGGCGCCACCGUCAAUACCGGAUCGCUGCUUCCGAUUUUUGCCAUGUUGGAAAUCAUAAUUAUAGUUGAACGAUGGUAGCGCCCCCCUGUCAUUGAGUUUGGUGGGACAGUUCAGCGUGGGUCAUCUAUAUUUGUGUGAGUACGUCAAACGUCAGCGAGACUUCAUAUUUGUAUACUCUGUCACGUCAUAAUAUGUCAAUGCCACCCCUCCCGCGCCGCUCCCAUGCCUCAGGCACUGAUUGAGUAAGCGCUAGACAUAUAGGACAAUGGGUGAGGAAUGGGCCGAUACCAAAUCAGUGUGAUGUGUAUACUUUUAUACGCGUUCAUAAUUAUACUGAUUAACAGACAUACAGGGUGUCCCAAAAACAAUGGAUAACCCUGUAACCAUCGAUAGGCCUCGUCAUGGUCUCCCUAACGUCCAAUUUUGACCCCAGUAAAAAUAUCACCGUUUUCAAGAUUUUUAAGUUUUUGUGCAUUUUUAGAAAAUUGCCACCUGCGAUUACUUUUUCCCAUGCCAUUUCUACAAAUGAGGAUACUUUUCAAUCUAGUUUUUUUCCUUAUCACAAGGGAUAGAUGGGCUAUCAAAAGAAAAUAUUAAAGUUCAACAAACUAGUUUAAAAGUAUGAAAAUUUUAAGAAAUUGCAGAGAAGAAGGAAAAAUUAAUUCAUUGUCUUGCACUUUUGAUCAGCCGUCGUGUAAAAAAAAUGUAGGAAGACCAUCGUGCCCAUUACCUUAAAAACUUCCUUGGUUAAUUGAGAUUCUAAAAAGGUAUCACAAGCCUAUGUAUUCUGUAUUAUUUUUAUCUUAUGGCUACUUGAAUAGCAACUAGUAUGAAAACUGCAAAAAUUAGUUUUUAUCGUAAUAGUUAAACUAGGACUGCAUAGUGGCAUUAAAUACAAAUGGAUAAUUUUUAGCGUAGGAAUUUUAAUAAAGCAACAUUUUAUCAUCAUCAUCAUCAUCAUUUCAGCCAUAGGACGUCCACUGCUGAACAUAGGCCUGUACCCCAGUGAUUUUCAUAAUGACCGCUUGGUAGCGGCCUGCAUCCAGCAUCUUCCUGCUUACCUUUAUGAGGUCGUCGGUCCACUUUGUAGGUGGACGUCCUACGAUGCGCUUUCCGGUACGUAGCCUCCACUUUAACCCUGCUGCCUCAGUUCUGCAACCUACUGUGCCCUGCCCAUUGCCACUUCAGCUUGCUGAUCCGUCGAGCUAUGUCAGCGACUUUAGUUCGUUUACGGAUCUCCUAAAUUCUGAUACGGUUUCGUGAA